AUGGCGAAGGAUUUGAGAAAAUCGUGCAAAAACAUGAGUACAGGAAAUCCCUCGGCCUCAGCCUCUUCGAAGAAUCGAGCUCCUUCAUCGGGCCCCACGCCUCCGAUCCCUUUUAAUGUCCAGCCGCAGGCCGGAGAGUAUACAAAGGAGAGGUUGUUGGAGCUCCAGAAGAACGCUCGGCCUCUCGGCAGCCUGCCGAGGCCUCAGAAACCCGAUAGCCCGUCGAAAUCCGAACCCGUUAUCGUCCUUAAAGGCCUCGUGAAGCCCACAUCAUCUCCUAUUGAUCCGGCCCCUAAGCCGAGAAAGGAAGAGGUGGAGGAGGAAUCAGAUGAGACAGAGGAAGAUAAGUUUGCGAAAUUGGGUAUUGAUGGUAAAGGAAAAGGUUUGUCUUCGAUACCGAGCCAGGCUGAUAUAGCUGCCAUUAAAGCUCGGAGGGAGAGGCUCCGGCAGAGUCGUGGGCCGGCAGCGGAUUUUAUAUCACUUGACAGCGGAGGAGUGAUGGCUACUCGGGCAUCGGAUGGUGGGUCUAGUGAUGAGGAGGAUCAUGAAUUUAGAGGUAGGAUUGCUUUGUUUGGUGAUAAAGGGGAUGAGAAAUCGAAAAAGGGUGUUUUCGAAGAGUUUGAGGAGAGGGCUCCAAUUGUUGAGUCUAGGGUUGUUGGAGAGAUUGAAGCAGAGGAUGAAGAGGAUGAAGAGGAGAGGAAAUGGGAAGAGGAGCAAUUUCGAAAGGGGCUUGGGAAAAGGAUUGAAAUCAUUGAGGAAGUAUCUGUCCAUAGAGGGGUUAGUAGUGUUCAGCCUCAGAUGCCACCGCCACAGAAUUUAUAUCCUGCUGUUGGUCCUCAGCCGUUGGUGCCUGGAAGUACGCCUUUCGCUCAGACAAUGUCGAUAUCUCAACAGGCCGAGAUUGCUACACGAGCUCUCAAGGAGAGCGUCAUGAGGCUGAAGGACUCUCACAAGCGAACAAUGGAUUCCGUGGCGAAGACAGAUGAAAACUUAGCAGAGGCUCUUUCUGAUAUCACCACAUUGGAGAAGUCCCUUCAAGAAGCCGGGGACAAGUACAUUUUCAUGCAACAGCUCCGAGACUUCAUUUCUGUGACAUGUGAUUUCUUGAAGGACAAGGCUUUGUUGGGGCACACCAUGUCGGUUCUCAGCAAAGGCUCUGGGCCUGCUUAUGUAUCUGCUGCCACAAAUGCAGCACACGCUGCUUUAGCUGCAGUGAGAGAGAGUUCGAAUUUGCCGGUUCAAUUGGAUGAGUUUGGAAGGGAUGUUAAUCUACAGAAACGUAUGGAUUUCUCACGGCGAGCUGAGGCAAGGAAGCGAAGAAGAGCGCGGACAGAUUCUAGAAGAAUGACUUCUAUUGGCAAGCAGUUAGAAGGAGAGGUUACCACUGAUGAGAGUGACAGUGAGAGCACUGCUUACACUUCUACAAGGGAUGAAUUGCUUCAAACCGCUGAACAAAUCUUUAGCGACGCGGCCGAUGAGUACUCAAACCUUUCUGUUGUUAAAGAAAGGUUUGAGAGAUGGAAGAAGCAUUACUUCUCAAGCUACCGAGAUGCCUACAUGUCUUUGAGUGCACCUGCUGUCUUCUCUCCAUAUGUGAGAUUGGAGCUUCUGAAAUGGGACCCUCUUUAUAAUAUGACCGAUUUCGAAGAAAUGAAAUGGUACAAGCUUCUUUUUGAGUAUGGGUUACCAGGAAGAGAUGAAGAUUUUGAUCCUGAAGAUGCCGAUGCGAAUCUUAUCCCAGAGCUAGUAGAAAAGGUAGCUCUCCCCAUCUUGCACCAUGAAAUCUUACACUGUUGGGAUAUGUUCAGCACAAAAAGAACGGAGAAUGCUGUAUUUGCCACUAAUUUAGUGGUCACAUAUGUUCCAGUCUCGAGUAAGGCCCUCCAAGAGCUACUAUCAGUUGUUUGCUCUCGGCUCACGCAGGCCAUUACCAACCUCAGUGUUCCGGUGUGGAGCUCCGUCGUGACGAGAAUUGUGCCUGGUGCUGCUCAAUUAGCUGCCUAUCGAUUUGGGACAUCAGUUCGGCUCCUGAGGAAUAUUUGUCUGUGGAAAGAUGUACUGUCACUGCCAGUUCUAGAGAAGCUUGCUCUUGAAGAGCUCUUAAAAGGGAAGUUACUCCCUCAUAUGGAAAGCAUAAUGUCGAAUGUCCAUGAUGCUAUAACUAGAAUGGAGAGGAUUGUUGCAUCAAUGUCAGGGGUUUGGUAUGGGCCUGAGGUCACAGUAAAUCACAGCAAGAAGUUGCAGCCUUUGGUUGAUUGCGUGGAUAAACUAGGUCGGAAGUUGGAGAAGAGGCAGGCGUCAGGGGUGAGCGUGGAGGAGACCGUAGGGCUUGUUCGGAGAUUGAAGACGAUGUUGGUUGAGUUGAAUGCGCAUGAUAGAGCUAAAUCUUUGCUGAGGACCUUUCAUCUGAAAGAAGCAAUUUGAACAAGCUUUGUGGGACCAAUUUUUGUGCACCUUGUAUCGAAGGUCUGGUUGUAUUAGAAUCUCGGUUCUGUCCGAUUUUGAGGUGGAUAUGUUUUGCAUGUUAUUUUUUUCGGAUAUUUACCUGAAUUAGACCGAGAUCUUACUCCAUAUGCGAAUCAUGGUAGGGGGACUCGUAGAUUAUUUUGUGAACACAUUUUGGAGUUCUGAUAAUGGCUUCCAUUUGCUGGUUUGUUUUC